AUGACGAUCACCGGUGGUGCUAUAAAACAGAGAGGGAGGCGAUGGGGGACUAGAGUGGCAGACAAGAAGGUUAUCGGUACUUCUCUUCUUUUAUGGUGUAGUGAGAAGGAGAGAGGGAACAUGAGUAGAUCGUCGGCUACAACCGAUAAGUACAGGUGGAUGAGGAGGAGGCUGCUUCAUCGAGUGGUAGCCAGAAAAUGCCACCACUUCCUGUGGUUCUUGAUAGGGGAUAAAGAAUCAAGCAGGAAAUCAAGGAGGAAAGUUCAAACUGACUUCGAGGCCUCCAAAUGUCUACCUACUGAUCUUGUGGAUCUCAUUCCUAGAGAUUCAAAAGUUCUCGCCCAACAUAUCAAGGAACCAAUGAACCAGAAUCAGAUCAUCCUACCCCAUCGUCAGCAUAUCCUAUCGCACACCACAAAAUCUCAACAUUAUGGGCCUGAUAAUAGAUCCAACGUCGGAACUGAGGAAUAUCAAGCUAUCCAUUCGUCUCCCCCAAGGAGGAGAUGUCUCAAAAAACAAAAAGAAAGAGAUGAUGUAGAGCUGAAGGCUGCUGAUGAAAAACGUCAAACUGAAGAAGAGUCUGCUAGAAUUAAAGUUGACACAAAAGAGCUUUUUAGGAAACAACAUGCAGAAGUUGGAAUCAUGAACAACAUCUUCAUCAAGCCACGCCCUCCACUAAAUACAACUGCUACCUCCCAGAAACCUCCUGUAGAACCAACCUCUUCAUCAUCAUAUUCCACCAAUAGACCUUCGAAAGAGUUGAAGUCCUCUGCUAAAUGUAGUCACUCCAUAGAUUUUAAGCUUCUUGAAGCAAAAAUUGAUCUCAUCCUGGAUCUAUUAGCAAAACCACCUUCAGCUCCUACUCCUGAUCUAAUUGUAACUUCUUCAAUCAUUCUAAAGAUCUUGAAAAGGAUCUUCUAA